AUGGGCGCAAAGGUCCCGCGCAACUUUAGACUUCUCGAGGAGCUCGAGAAGGGCGAGAAGGGUCUUGGAGCAGAGGCUUGCUCCUACGGUCUGAACGAUACUGAAGAUCUUUUGAUGUCUGAUUGGAACGGCACUAUUUUGGGACCCCCUCACAGUGUCCACGAGAACCGAAUCUACUCCCUUAAGAUGCACUGUGGCCCUAACUAUCCCGACGAGCCCCCCACGAUACAGUUUGUUAGCCAGGUCAACCUGCCCUGCGUUAACAGCCGUAACGGUGUUGUCGACCCCAAGCAGCUCCCGUGCCUCGCCAACUGGAAGAGAGAGAACACCAUGGAGACUAUCCUGAUUGAGCUCAGAAGAUACAUGGCAGCCCCUGCCAACAAGAAGAUUCCCCAACCUCCUGAGGGCUCUGUGUACCAGUAG